UACCGUGGUGAAAAACGUGCGUUCAUCUCGUGUGGUGUGUCAGUGUCAGUGCCAAACAGACCGACCCAGCGCGAAGAAGAGCACUCGGCUGUUUUUACAGACAUUGUAGAGGAAUACACAAAGCGAGUUCGGCGUGCACGCAUGCAUUAAUGUAUGUGUGUGGGUGUGCAGAUAUCUGGAGGUUUUCGAGCAAUUCAAAGUGGACCGCUGCUGAUGGAGCUGCUGGCACACUGAGGCUGGGGUGUGACUUGUGACUGCCUGCAUUGUUGCACAUGUUUCCUGGGAUGAAGUAACUCUCCUCAUUCAUCAAAGGAAUAAUUGAUAAGCUCUUCUUUUCGCUCUCAAUGGUGCUUGAAGGAGAGAUGGACCGGAUCGGGAAUACCAUGCAGAAGAAGGCUGCAGAGCUGGAGCGGCUGGCCGAGGUGCUCGUCACUGGAGAACAGCUGAGGCUGCGGCUCCAUGAAGGGAAGGUGAUCAAGGAUCGGCGGCACCACCUGCGAACGUACCCAAACUGCUUUGUGGCCAAGGAGCUCAUUGACUGGCUGAUUGAACACAAGGAGGCUACAGACCGAGACACUGCCAUCAAAAUUAUGCAAAAACUUUUAGACCAGAGUAUCAUUCACCAUGUGUGCGACGAGCACCGGGAGUUUAAAGACCUGAAGCUGUUUUACCGCUUCCGAAAAGACGACGGCACGUUCCCGUUGGACAGUGAAGCCAAAGUCUUCAUGAGGGGGCAGAGGAUCUAUGAGAAGUAAGAACACGCACAAACACAACCACCCAGCCAUGUUCUUCGUGGUGGAUUAUGAGAGGGAUUAUAGGAAAUUGCUGUUAGUACAGUUGUGUAAUGAUUUUAGCAUUUUUGAUUGAUUUCAUCUUUUUAGCGUGUAGCUUUUAAAGGAAUAGUUUAGGGCUGAAACGAUUCAUCGAUUAAAUCGAUUAAUAAAAUGCCUCGAUGCUUUGUUUAAUCCAUAUAACUAUACAGAACAGUGUUUCGCACAUUUAUUACUAUCGCACAUCGCGCUUACGUUGUGAACACAACGUGAAUUAUAAUGCUGCUGUUUGCAAAGUGGAGGAAGAGAGAGAAAUUAGUGAGGGACAAAGAAGAAAGUCCAAAGUAUGGGAUUAUUUCAAGCUGAAGAAAAAAACAACUCUGUAAUGUUACUGUUCAUCCACUGUAAAACAAAAUUUAUGUUGCCUUGGCAACAGCACGAUGGCAUCUGAACAAAAAACAGCCUGUGUUCUGCCAGCGGUAACGGCAACUUUAGCAAUUAACUGAAAUCAUGAUUGAUUGUUGAGUUGAAGGCUAGCCAAAGUAAGCCGCAAUCCUCAGCUGAAAAUGUGCACAUGAGCGUUUGUUGUUCUCCUUUUUGGGCCCCCUGUCACCGGUCACGUAGUGUGAAAGCUGCAACCAAGAAAAAGUACUUCUUAAAGGACGCAUUGAUGAAUGGUUGAAAUAAUCUAUAAAAGCUUUGAAUACUAAAAUCAUCGUUAGCUGCAGCCCUAGAAUAGUUCAUUGUAGUUUUCUUGCCACAAGUUAGAUGUUAGUCACCCCUCUUAUAUUUGGACGAUAAAUAUGAAGUUACUGCCAGCAGCUGGUUAGCUUAGCUUAGCAUAAAGAGUGCAAACGGGGCAGCAGCUAGCCUGGCUGUGUCCAAAGGUAGUACCAUCUGCCUACCAGUACCUCUAACACGCUUUAUGUCUCGUUUCUUUAAUCUUAAUAAAAGCUAAAGUGUAAAAACUACAUUUAGCCAUCGGGGAAGGCGGAGUUUUUAUGUGUCAGACUGUUUUUUUAGCCGGGACCAAUUGGCAAGCAACCAGCGGAGACUGCAGGAAGUUACGGAGAUCGUUUGUGAGCUUUAGAGGUGUUGGUACGUGGAUUUUGUUACAAUUGUCUAGUCUUAAUGCUAAGCUAAGCUAAUCAGCUGCGGGCUGUGUUACAUGUUUACUGUACAGACAUGAGAGUGGUAUUAAUCUUCUUGUUUGGUUUCUGUGAACAGUGGACAAUCUGAUGCUGUUUAAACUUUUACAACUUCAUGGCCACUUUGCAAGCAGUAGCAUGUCAUACGUGCCAUGCCAUGAGUGUAUUCUCCUGCCGUUCUCUUUGUGAGAGUCACUGGAAAUGCCACCACCAUUCAUUUUUAGAAAAUGAGUUUUUCUGGUAAUUUGGAUUCUGUUAGAUUAGAGAGCAUAAUAUUGAACUUGAACUGUUUUUAACCAUGAUAAAAGCCUGCAGGGGAAAUCAGAAGAUAUGGGAAGAGAUGACUCACAACAUUUGCCCAGAGACAGGCUGGAUUUAGAGCAGUGCAGAGGUCACCACUCGUGAGACUGCCAUUGUUUGUCAUUAACUUUGUGCUCAUGAUGCUGUUUUUCUAGUAGUGAUGAGACUAAUUGUUUCUAUAGUAACCCCAAAGUCUUCCUCUGUAUGUCUCCACUCCUCUCGUUAGUUGUCUGAGAUCUGUCCUGUUUUGGAUUUAAGCACACACUCUGUCUUUGCCUUUACAACCAAAUCAGUGCUCUCUUAACAUAUAGACCUAUUUUUCACACACGCACACGUGCACACACACAAACACACACACAGGAGUUGCAUAAGAAAUAGUCCAAGGGGAGACAUCUGUCGUCUCCGCUCUCAAAGCUAUGUGUUUAUGUAAUCACCAUGGUGCAGGCCGGGACACAAACCACAAGCACCCCCAAGCUUGCGCUGGUGGUUGCUUGCUUGUGAACUAGAGUUACUUCACGGUUACACUUAUGGCACAACAACAGUCCUCAGUCUUGCAACAGGAAGAACAACCAUCUCCCAGUCUCCUGUGCCUCAGUGUAAAUUGCAAAUAUCUCCCAUCCGCGAAGGAUCAUUGGGCCUCAUGCAAGAAUAUUUUCGGAUUCUUAUCUGAACUCUCUUACUGCUCGUACGAGUGUGCCAUGUCUGAUUCAGCUAAUGCUUCUUGCUUCAGAUAACGUGCAAUGUGUAAAUGACCCAUGUAAACAUGAUGAAUGCCUUCUGUGCACAAACAAGUCGAGUCCACGAGAAUUGUAAAUUAGCAUAACUAAUAACUAAUAUUGUGUCCUACCCUAUAUGGUAGGAUGUGCUCAUUCAUAAUUCCUGCUUCUGGAGAUUAAUAAAGGAAAGUCAAUCAUUUUUAACAGCGUCAGCAGUGGAAUUAAGGGAAUAGGGUUGGAUCUGUGUGUCUGUCUGCAGAGUUGCAGCUCUAAUAAGUCUCACAUUUGCAGAAGCACAGCCCGUGUUAAUCUAUUUAACAACCAUUCAUCUGUCUCUGUCUAAUAUAUCAGCACGCCGUCUAUCUUUCCAAAAGAUUACAUUUCCAGCUGACCUUAGACAUUUUGCAGUUUGAGAUAUUCAUAUUGAUUCAAGCAUCAAAAAUAGCAUCAAUAGCCAAUUUAAAUGAAUGAUGACAUUGUUAGGCUAUAUGAAUACAUCUAGAAUUAUAUUAUAUUUUGAACUGCAGAGUCAAACAGGAUAAUGUCAACAUAAUUGUCAAUGUAAUUUAUAUGGGAUUUUCCAACUCAAAAUUCCUUCAAAGUAAUGAAAUAUACAAUCCCUUAGGGAAAAACCUGGUUGGGGUAACAGCAGACUAAUUGCACGUGACUCUUGUGACAGGUCUGGACCACUUGUAAAGUGAGAAAAUUCAAAUCACAAGACAAUUGGUGAAUGCGACAAGUUCUCCUUAAUCAUAUUUAGAUUUAGGAGAACAAAUCUGUGUGCCUGCAUGAGGCCCGAUGUGUCUACUGCUUGUUUUCAUAACUGUACACUAACAUAUGCUUAGGCUCUUUGGUAAGAGGUUUGCAAAGAUUCAAUUAAAUUUCAGUACUUAAAAUAUAAAAUGAAUAAGGGGUUUUGCUGGGUUUUAGGAUACUCAAGGACCAAUAAUCACAAACAUCCCAAUACAAGUUAUUGGUCUUGAACAGGAAAUUGGCUUCACUUGGUUGUCCUCCACAGUAUACACUAGGGAUGGGCAUUUCAAGUAGGGCUGGGCGAUAUGGCCAAAAAUGUUCUUUCAAGUUUAAAGGCUGAUUUUUGCUCCUCAGUGAAAAUUUAAAAACCAGAUGGUUAAUUAUGUGGUUAAACUUUCUGUCUUUAUGGUCUGAAUGUGACAAACACUUGAUGCCAAACAGUGGAUCACUUUACAAGUCUGAGUUUAAAUUUCAAACUAUCAUAUUUUUAAACAGAUAUGAUUAAUCUUUUUUCAGGCCUCUUUUUUCAACAAAAUAAAUAUUUUAAUAGAAAAAUUAGGUGCUAAUUUGUUUGUGAUUCAAAUGAAUUAAAGCAAAUAUUUGACGAUAUAUUGAACAUUUAUUAUAUUGUUAUUGAGGAAAAUUAUAUUGUGAUAAUUAUCAUUGUUUUAUUUCCCAGCCCUAAUUUCAAGCAAAAACACUAUUCGAUAGUCACUGGGAAGUAUUCGACCAUUCUGCAAAGAAAAAGUAUAGCCUCACAGAACCGCUAGCAUGGCGGUAGAUUAUGGUUUUAAAAUUAAGUUAAAUGUUUGCCUUUUUAUUUAACAGAGUUUAGUCUGGAUGAUGGACAUGUUAUACCUCCAAUAUAUUUAAAAAAAAAAUUGUUUGGCUGUUUCAGGUCUUGAAUUUAAUGUAAAUUCAUUGCUGGUUAACAAAAGUGGAUUUGAGAGUUUGGAGUCAAAAUGUGUUACUAAAUGAACUUCUCUAAAGUAGUAGAAAGGUGAAUUGCACAGUACAGCAGCUGAUGAAGCAGGACACUACCGCCAUGGUCAGGUUGGUUUGGGGAUUCUCGUACGGCUCUUAUGCACUGGCAAAUUCUGACUUAAAGUUACUGUUAUUCAACCAGCAAGUUGUUUCUUGAUUAGAAAUGACACAGGCGUCUGCCAGAAGAUAAUAAGACAAUGUACAAGA